ACGCGCGGCUCGUCCCGCCCGCGAAAUUUGAAUCGAGGAGAGAGAGAGAGAGACAGAGACAGGAGAAGCCGCGGCACCGACUGCCUUUUUUUUCCCCCCCUUCUCACGAAUGCUUUAAAGAAGCUCGUCGGCUCGCAAUGAUGAAGCCACCGCGUAACAGAACAAGGAGACCACUGAAGAAGCCAUCAAACAACAAUCUUACAGACCCAGUUGGUGUUUAUUGCCGUGUCAGACCCCUGAACCCAAGUGAUAAGGAAUGCUGUAUUGAAGUUAUCAACAGGGCCAUAAUACAACUUCAUCCUCCUGAUGGAAUUAAAGUCAAUAGGAAUGGGGAGUUCAAAGAGAUGCAGUAUUCCUUCAAAGAAGUAUUUGGUUUCUUUACAACACAGAAGGAGCUAUUUGACGUUGUUGCCAAGCCACUUGUGGAAGAUCUGGUUCAUGGCAAAAAUGGCUUGCUAUUUACGUAUGGUGUUACGGGGAGUGGAAAGACACACACCAUGACUGGAUCUCCUGGAGAUGGAGGCCUCCUACCUCGGUGCUUGGACAUGAUAUUUUCCAGUAUUGGACCAUUCCAGGCAAAGCGAUAUGUUUUCAAGCCAGAUGACAGGAACAGCAUGGAUGUGCAGUCGGAUGUUGAUGCUCUAUUGGAGCGUCAGAAGAGAGAUGCCCAAUCUGUCUUUCCAAAAACUCCAUCCUCCAAGCAUAGAUUUGAUCCAGAGUUUGCUGAUAUGAUCACAGUACCUGAGCACUGUAAAGCCGAAGAAGUGGAUGAGGACAGUGUCUACAGUCUGUUUGUUUCCUACAUUGAAAUAUACAACAAUUAUGUUUACGACCUUCUGGAUGAAAUGCCCCAGGAUUCAAUCAAACCAAAGUGGAACAGUUGCGGUACUCCUGUGCGGAACCCUGAGUUCAUACCGCCACAGUCUAGAAUUCUUCGGGAAGAUUCUCACCAUAAUAUGUACGUGGCUGGAUGUACAGAGGUGGAAGUGAAGUCAACAGAAGAAGCUUUUGAAGUCUUUUGGAAAGGCCAGAAGAAACGGCGUAUCGCUAACACCACACUUAAUCGAGAAUCCAGCCGCUCCCAUAGUGUUUUUAACAUCAAAUUGGCCCAGGCGCCGUUAGAUGCAGAUGGAGAUAAUGUUUUCCAGGAAAAGGACCAGAUUACAGUAAGCCAGUUGUCCCUGGUGGAUUUGGCAGGAAGUGAGAGAACCACCCGAACCAAAGCUGAAGGCAGCCGGCUGCGAGAGGCUGGUAACAUUAAUCAGUCCUUGAUGACUCUAAGGACGUGUAUUGAAGUACUGAGAGAGAACCAAAUGUAUGGAACCAAUAAGAUGGUUCCGUACAGAGACUCCAAGCUGACUCAUCUCUUUAAAAAUUACUUUGACGGCGAAGGGAAGGUUCGGAUGAUUGUGUGCGUGAAUCCCAAAGCGGAUGAUUAUGAGGAAACUCUGCUGGUCAUGAGGUUCGCUGAAAUGACUCAAGAAGUGGAAGUGGCCCGGCCAGUGGACAAGCCAAUCUGUGGCCUUACUCCAGGCCGGAGGUACAGGAACCAGGCUUUCAAGGAGGAACUGACCAGAAAAUUGGAAAUGCGAGGUGGUCCCAUCAAUGGAGUGGACCCAUCUGUUGUGGAAAUUCUCCUGCAAAGCUUCCCACCGUUGCCUUCAGUUGAACUAACCGACGUCAGUGAUGACUGUACCUUCCCACGGCUUAUAGAGUGCUUGGAACAGCGUCAUAGAAUACGUGACGAGUUAACUGAUGAGAUGAACCGAACUGCGAAUGCUAUCAAAGUAAUGCUGCAGGACUGGGAUGGCAAUUUGGUGGCAAAGGAGAGCUACAUCCACGAGCAGCAAGGGAAACUGCUGGACAGAGAUCGUAUUAUAAACGGCCAGAAGUCUGAUAUGGAGCGACAAGACAAAAAAAUCAAAACCUUAGAAUACAAGAUCGAGAUCCUGCAGAAAACCACAAACAUCUACGAGGAGGACAAGAGGAAUUUGCAGCAAGAGCUGGACGAGAGAGACCAGAAGCUGCAGCGAGAGCUGUCAGACAAGCGGCGCAUGGAGCAGAGGAUGAAUGGUGUGGUGACCGACACCAAGAUGAAAUGGGAGAAGGAAUGCGAACGUCGUGUUGCAGCCAAACAGCUGGAGAUGCAGAACAAGCUUUGGGUGAAAGAUGAAAAGCUGAAACAGUUGAAGGCCAUUGUCGCUGAGACCAAAAGCGACCGCCCGGAGAGGCCCCCGAGAGAGAAGGACAGGAAGGUUCUGGUCCGCUCGGUAUCUCCUCCUCCAGUCCCAAACACACCACCUGUUCUCCUACGACACAGAAGGUCAAACUCGGCAGGUGGGGAGCGAUGGGUAGACCAUAAGCCAUUUGGUAGCGUGGAAACAGACACUGUCCUGCAGCCAAUUGUUCCCAAUUCCAUCCCAAUGCCAGUGCCCAGUGAGAAGGCUCUGUCUAAGGGUGACAAGUACAUCUUGACACACCAAGAGCUUGCUUCGGAUGGGGAGAUUGAAACCCAACUGAUCAAGGGGGAGGUGUUCAGGACGAGAGGCGGUGGGCAAUCUGUCCAGUUCACUAACAUCGAGAGACUAACGCAAGAAUCCCCGACUGGUACAAGUAGGAAACGUAGGUCAUCACAAUCGGCUCCUCCUCAGCAAGUGGAGACUACAGAAUCGGAGUGGACAGACGUGGAGACCAGAUGCUCCGUUGCAGUUGAAAUGAAAGCAGGCGGCAACUUUGGACCCGGAUACCAGCAUCACGCUCAGCCCAAGCGCAGAAAGCCAUAGCAGCAGCGGAACCAUUGUCUGGAGGGAAUUCUGUUGUUGAGCCUUCGAGCAAGUGUCUAACGUUCUGGAACACGGCAGAAAACCACGAGUGUUUGAUGAAGAAGAGAAUUUGGCAAUGUUGAAGUAGCUGUAAAGUUUGAUCAAGUACUCUUCCUGACUGGCUAUUUAUAAUGGGUAUAUCAUACAAUCGUUUUUUUCUCUCUCUCCACCCCUCCCUUUUUGCACUGUACGGACUGUGUAUGUGUUUGCCAUUACAUGUAUGAACCCUGUUACUGUGUGGAAUAAGAUUAUUUUAUACCCGUUCCAUGUAGUUAAUCAUGAUCUUCCCUCUCCGCCCUAGUUUCCAUACCUUUGCACAAGUGGUCAGUAACACUGCAACAACAGCUGGUGACGCUGUGAAUCUGCAAUUUUGCUGUAAAAUGAAUUUUCGUAAACCUAUUUUUUAAAAAAACUAUAAAGUCCUGUCAAACAUUAAGAUCUCCAAUAAUUAUUUCCCCCACUUCCUACCCCCCCGCCCCUCCCACUCCUUCUCUCUUCCCCUCCCUCCCUGGGAUUAUAUGUAGAAAAAAAACUUUUCAGAGCUGCUGCUAUUCUUCAAUAGAGAAGAUGCACUUUAGAGACCUCUUUUGGGACGUGUGAUAUGCACGAACACAACAUCACAGCAACUCGCUUUUGCAUUAUAAGCUAAGUUUUUUUUGUUUUGUUUCUCUCUGGGAGGCUUAUUAAUGUUAAGAAUUAUUCGUCUGUCUGUCCAUCAUAACCAGUUAAACUAAUAAUAGGUUUUGUGCUUAGGGUUUUUUAAUCUGAUAAGGCCCGUAUGUAAUUGACUUUUCUACUUGUGUGCACUUCCCGUAGCUCAAAAUACGGUGAUAAUUUCAUUCUUAUUUAGUUACUUCUGCAGAUGUAUAAUGCAUAUUUAUGUACGGUGCAGCUUUUUGCAAAUCAAGUAGGGAAGAUGGAAAAAUAAAGUCACGUUCAGUAUUUCAAA